AUGAGUGGUAAUUCAGAAAUCUCGGUUGAGUCAUACUCCACCACACCCCUCGUCUCAUCAAGGACGUCCUCGACAUCCAGUUCACAGAAUGAUAACUGGGUACAUAUGAAUGAUGAUGAUGAUGAUGCAGAAGCUGCAUUGAAACUAUUACAAGGUCCCUUGGAGGAAUCGUUCGUACAAGAAAUCAGACAAGGAAAGAUUAAAACGUUGCAACGAAUAGAGGAAGGCAAGAAACGAGAAGAGGUUAUCGUAGAUGCAUUGGGGAUUGAAGAUGUACUGAUGUUGAGUGAAAUUGACCCAAGUGUUAACCAAACAAAUGAAUGUCAACAGUCAAAGGCAACAGAAGAGGAAGAGAAAGAGAAAGAGGCCGGCGAUGACGACAGAGUUGAUGCAUGGUGUCGAUACUUGAGAGUUGCUCUACAGGGUACGGCAGCCCCUUCCACCUCACUUUUAUCAAGUCCUGCAUGCCCCACGGUGUCUACUUUUUCACCAGAGUCAUUGUUGGAAAAUCUAGAUAAUAUGGACUUGCCACCCCACAAGGACGAAGAUCAAGUAAAGUUGGACAUACAAAGGUCAUUCACUAUACUAAACCAUAUACAAUCGGUUGUUCACAACACGUCUAUUCCAGCAAUGACCUCAUCGUCAUAUUCGUCUUUGGUGACGUCAUCGGCUGAAUUUAAUGAACAGUUGGAAAAGGGGUCAUCUUUUGCAACCAUCCUCAGCACCUCUGAUAUCAACUCAUUAAAAAAGAUCUUGUCUAAUUUGAUUAUCAAGGUGUUGAGGAAAUAUCCCUGUUUGAAUUAUUACCAAGGAUACCAUGACAUUGCUAGUAUUGUGUUGCUUGUAUGCUACAAAGCAAAUCAUAAUGAGCUAAUUGAAGAGGAUAUUAAUCAAGACUUGGCCUUCAAAAUACUCGAGAAGUUAACUGUGUUGCAUCUAAGAGACUUUAUGGUGACUGAUAUCAAUUUAUCAGUUGAUCAUUUGCGGUUAAUCCCGGCGAUUAUAGAGUCAAUUGAUGCACAAUUGUUCCAGCUAAUUAAGCAGACGUCAGCCUCAUACCAAACAUUGAAUGGACACUUUGAUUUCAAAUUUUUUCAACCAUUGUCAUCCAUUUUGACAUUUUAUGCCCACGACUUGACAAAUUUAUCUCAUAUUUUACAUGUUUGGGAUACGGUAUUGAGUUAUAAUACAAUGCUUAUGAACGUGUACAUUUACGCGUCGUCGCUAUUGACUUUGAAACCCAAGAUUUGGGAUGCUUUGAGUUUGGAUCCCGAACAGGAGGAGUUUACACUGAUUGAUGCGGAUUUAGUCCACGCCCAUCUUUCACCAACCCGAUUGUUUGAGGAAUUGACUGAUUCAGAUUUGGAAAAGAUUCUCAACAAAGCAAAAGAAAUGUAUCAAGAUGUUCCCAUUGAAAAGGUGGCCAGUUGUGAUCGAACGUGGGGUAAAUGGUUUGAAAAUUACAACCAACACUCGGUAUUACAAACAACCUCAUCACCCAAACUCGAUUCAAAUGAAAUUGAUGAAAAGUAUCGGUCACUUUUCUCUGAUGCUGAAGAACUAACAGAACUCGUGCGCACCCAAGACAAUGAAAUACAUACACAAAUACUUGAUGAAUUACAAGAGCAACAACAAUUACUCAAACAACAGCAGGAGGAAGAAGAGCUACUACAUAACUCUCUCCUGUCUUCAUAUGAUGACGAAUCUGACAUUGAAAGCUCCAACUUGGACUCCCUCAGCUCGUCAUUGACUCUCAACACGUCCCAAUCAAUACACAAAUUCACUUCAUCGAGACUAUUCAAAUCAAUCUUUGCGUCACCACCACCUGGUGGUGGUAGUGGUGAGGGUGCCGCUGAUGACAAUGAAAAAAAAGCUACAGUAAGCAGAUCCUGGACUUGGCUCAAAUGGAGCAAUAUUUACAAAGUGUCAAUCACUGUGGGCGUAAUUGGGGUUUUCAUUCAUUUGCUAAUAAUCAAACACUACAGCUAUAAGCAAAUCUUGAAUGGUGAGGUAGUGAAUGAUUUAAGGGAAAACGUGGUCCAUGCUGGCUCUUACAUUAGCAAGUUGUUGACAGGUGCUACAACCAUUACCACCACCACCACCACCAUCCCACCAAAGAAUAUACUUCAAGUUGGAACAGGAGGGUUACACAACACGAUAUAUCGAUUUGAUUAG